AUGCGUCAAUUCAGUGAAUGGCAAAGCGUUAUACGAGAGCUAUUUACCCUCCUCCUCCUCCAACAUGAGGAUGAUACCGAUGAUCUCAUCAGCAAACUAUUCAACCUCCCAGGAAGUCAGACCAUAGGAAACAUCUUCUUCUCCGACGAUCCUGAAAUGAUGCUGGUAACCGAUGAACUUUUUAGCGAUGAGGACGACAUGGGGGACCUACUACAAACUGUCAUCUCGAGUCGAUAUCUUAAUGUACGGGCUCCUCCGGUAUUUCGUGAUGAAUUUGAUUUGGCAAGACUGUUUGAGAUGCGAUCAAUCGACUUCAAGCAAUCCACUCGGACAACCAAAGAGGCUUUCGUGUGGCUUCUAAACCGAAUUUAUCUCCACCCAGUAUUCCACAACAACAGCUUUUGUCCGCAGCUUCCAAUACCACACCAGCUUGCAAUCUCCCUGGAACAACUAGGAGCCAAUGGCAACAGGGCCUCAGUUGGCCGAUGUGCUUGA